CGUUAAUGGUUGUAGGUUUACAUGAUGAUUGAUUUGUUCGUAGAUAGUAGCAGGUCAAAGCUCAAACUAUACAUAUACCGAGAGUUUCAGUUUAUUGCUUUACCAAUGUCUGAGGUCUAUUAAAAGGAGCAAUACAUGGAGAUAUAAAAAUGAGAUUUGAGCGAACCUUUUCGAAAUGGACCAAGUCGCCAUCUUGACAAACAGCCAAUUUGUCGUUGAUCAUGAAAUGGACAAUCGUCUAUUUGAACUAUUUGUGGAGAAUAUUGAAGUCACCUGAAUUCUUGUUACUGAAUGUGUUUUUGAAUGUCUCAAUUUUAGUCUAUGUGACAAUACGUAGCGUGACAAUAUAUGGACUGAGUGGCCCUCAGCUCGAAAUGAAUGACCUGCGGCAAAGGCAAUCUGCACGUCAUCAGAUGGAUGCUAGUAAAAUGACUCAUGCAAAGGACGAUAAGACGCCAUACAUCGAUAUGGAUAAAUUAAUUGAUUCAAGAUCACUCAACAAGACAACAGAUGCAUUUAUUGUUGGAGUAAAAGAAUGCAUUCCGAAUGGAUUCAUGUCGAUCCUCUCUCACCAUCCACAAUUGGUACUCGCCAAUGGUCCCACAUCAUUCUUCAGACAUGAUAGUUAUUAUUGGCUUGGAAAACAAUACUACACCUCUAUAAUUCCUGACAAAAGAAAUGGAACCAUAACGCUUGAUUCCUGCGUCGAAUGUUUCGAUAACCCUUUCGCUCCGAAAAGAUUAUUUGAAAUGAACAGAGAUCUGAAAGUGAUAGUUAUGCUCCGUAACCCAGUCGAAAGACUUCUUUUGGAGUACUCGAAAUUAAUUCAAACUGAACAACGUCAUAUAAACCUAACAUUGGACGGGUGGCUUUUUGAUCCUGACACGGGAGAGGUGCAUACUAACAGGGAUAGUAUAAAACGCAGUGCAUAUAUGGAGUUCUUGCCUAAAUGGAGUGCAGCCUUUGGAAGGGACAACAUCCAUUUAAUCAGUGUGAAUGCAUUUCUCAAAAAUCCAUGGAUGGAGCUAGGCAAUCUAGAGCGAUUUCUUCACAUCGAUACCUUCUUUGAGCAGCAAAAACACGACCCUAUAGUACGCACAAAAGGGUUUACUGCAUUUUGCCAUGUACCUGGUGUAUGUGUCAUGGACAGUACUGCUUAUCUUCAAUAUGCCACGCAUAAUACUACUAACUUGUUGAAUGACUAUUACAAGGACGACAAUCGUAGAUUGAAUCAAUAUUUUAAUAUAUGUUUUGAUGAGGAUAAAUGUAAGAUUUAAGAUAUGUGUGUAGUCUUGUUACUCAUUUUGUUCAAAGCUUGUUUGGUUGUUUGCUCCGCUCGCGAACGGAGUUCCCACAUCGUGAAC